UGAUUCAUCCCAGUGGCAUCGGCGACUGUUGGUGGAUCCAUGGUCGAUGUGGCGAGCUUGAGUGGAGUGUGGCGACCAUUGGGUCUUCCAAAGCAGUCCAGGACGAGCACAGGACGACCAGCCUUUACCCAAGGAGUGGAAGGAGUGGAAGCAGGUGACCAGCAGUUCGCUGGUGACGAAGAAGCAGACGAGGAAGAGGAGGAGGAAGAAGAAGAAGAGGAGUACGAAGAUGAUUGGACAGAAGGAGGAAGUCGUCGCAGAUCCUCCGCCUUUACCAAGGACUCCAUGGCACCGUCCGCGGUCUCAGGCGACAGCGCUGGGCGCACGUCGCGGCGAAGCUCCGCGAGGUCGUCCCGGAGGGCCAGCGCCAUCAGCGCCAGCGCCGCGGAGCCGCGACGCGAGCAAGCGAAGCGACUCUCAGGUCUACUUGGUUUGGACGAAAAUUCCCCCAGUGGCAGUGACUCCGAGGUUGCUGCGCCAAGUGGCCAGCGAGCGGCCGAUCAGAUCCUCCUGCAUCCCAAGGAGCCGCAGUCCGAGUCCUUCGUGCGGGAAGAAGUGCACAGGUUGGAGGCGAAGAUGGAGUCCUCCUCGGGCGUGAACGACGCGCUGGACGCUGCACGCUUGAGGCACAAGACCAUGCUGGAACUGGAGCCCGAGGUGGAAGCUGCGGACGUCGCGGAUUGGCCGUCGGAGCGUGCGCGUCGGGCCUCGGCGUUGCGACACGCGACGCUGAUGGACCUCGACGAGGUCGCAGAAGAGACCUUGGGAUCUGCACCUGCGCUCACCACACCUUCGGUCUCAGAGAGCUCCAGGCUUGGUUUGCCCAUCGUUGGGGCCCUGGGAAGGGAAUUUGGGCGGAGCGAGGGGGACUACGGAGGCUAUGUGGAUCUUUGUCGAGGACAGAGGUCCUGGGCCUCCUCCGAACCUGGCCUCACCUGGUCUCGCGCCGCCGGGGAAGCGGAUCCCGAGGGCGGGAGAUGGAUGGGAAGUGUGAGGUCUUCCCACGUGGAAAGUCCCAGAGCCAACUCUUUGCUCGGGCUGCCCAGUGGUUUGUCCUUCGCAGGGAAGGAGCAGGAAGGAGACCUGACACUUCAAGGCUCUCGACCUGCAACCAAGGCCAAGGGGCGAAUCUCGCGAGGGAAAUUGCCCAAGUCCUUCGCCAUUGACCAUCCCAUUUCUGGUGCAGGGGACUCAGGGGAUCGCGAGAGCACCAGGGCCAUUUCGCCGGGAGAUGUUGUCUUGGAGGAACGCGUCGGAGGUUAUCAGUGGAUCGAGUCCGUGUCACCUGCCGAGCUUUGUGACAUCGUUCCACCUCGUUUCAACGCGAACGCCGCUGCGGUGGGUGGAUUGGCUUCGGCCAUGCGACAGAAGGUCCUUCUCUUGCGAGAGCAAGUGGGUGCACUGACGGCGUACUGCCCCGGGGUCUCAGAGAGCCGACAGCUGGGUGAUAGACUGGAAUCUGCGGCGGGCCUCCCGUCCAAUGCUGCGGGCUCUUUGCCCAUGGGCCGGAGGGCCCAAGUGGGCCCAGUGGGGCUGGCCAUUCUGCAUCCCUCACCACGGGAAACGGAGCAUCUCUCGGCACCUGGCCCGAGCGCAGAUGGCUGGAGUGGCGUGGAUGAGGAGACCAGGACGCGGAUCUCCAGUGGGCUAGCUGACUGGGUCGGAUCUCCCGCAGCAUCCUCAGUCUCGCUCCAUCAAGCACCGAGCCGAUGCGAAGACCCGGGAUCGACCAUGCUUUUCGAAAGCCAUGUGGAAGGUGUAGAUGGGAAAUUGCCAUGA